GUGGAGACAAGAAAACCACGCAAGAAAAAGAGCAGCUUAACAGAUUUUACAAUCGCAACUUUCGUUAAAAAUGAGAAAAUUUAAGCCGAGAGCAGGAUAGCUCAAGAAGGUUUCCGCGGUUACAGUAACGGUGCUCAAAUAUUCUGAGUACACUGGAUAUAUUUCUGCACGUGUGUUUUGUGACGUAGGAGUAAUCGCAAACAUGGCCGACGAUGCGAGGAUAAUUGUUCAUAGAAUCUUUCCACAAUACCGAAAUUCAACUGCCUUUUAUUCUCCUAAAUAGCGUGAAGAAGCCUUCAUUGAAGGAUAUUUUCCGUGGCUAUAAUUCUGAUCAACAUGAAACCAAGGCACAUGAGUAUUCGCGGGGUUGUAACGAUGUUCGGCGGUUUGAUUUUUGGCUUCACGGUAGCUUUGUUCCUGCGGCAAAAUCUCUUGCCUGUUGAGACCAGGCGUUGCCGGGUGAACUUCGUUAGGGACCUCCGCCCGAGAACAAUGGCCAAAGAGCUUGAUUCAAGAAAUCUCAUUUUCAUUGGCGUUAUGACUGCGGAGAAAUUCCUCGACUCCCGAGCGAAGGCGGUGUUCGAGACUUGGGGCAGAACCGUCCAUGGAAGGUUAGAGUUCUUCUCUAGCGGCACGUCCCAUAGUAAGAUGGAGUUGCCCGUAGUGAGCUUACCAGGGGUGGACGAUUCCUACCCUCCACAAAGAAAAUCCAUGAUGAUGUUAAAAUACAUGCACGAUAACUAUAUCGAUAAUUUCGAGUGGUUCAUGCGCUCUGAUGAUGAUGUUUAUAUAAGGACAGAAAAACUCGCGAGUUUUCUUCACUCGCUGAACAGCUCCCAAGAUAUCUACCUUGGACAAGCGGGCACCGGAGCGAAGGACGAAAAAGGAUUAUUAGGCCUAGGUUAUGGAGAUAAUUUCUGCAUGGGUGGACCUGGUGUUAUCAUGAGUCGUUCUGUUUUAAAGAAAGUUGUUCCACAUAUAGAAUAUUGCCUGAAACAUUUAUUAACUUCGCACGAGGAUGUGGAAGUUGGGCGGUGUAUAAAGCGUUUUGUGGGAAUCCCCUGCACUUGGUCUUUUGAGGUAAGAAUGAUUUAUUGUUUAAAAAGGAAUGAAAACUGAAUAUUUCUGGCUAAUUGAUAUUGUAAAUUGACAUUGAUUUUACAGCUUAAUGGACAGGUAUACAGGUUAUUCUACUGAAAUUAUUUCAGCAGAAAUUCCACCUGUGUCCAGCCCCCCCGGGCUGACCCCCGGGAAUGCUGACCCCCGGGGAAUUAGCAUUUUUUUUGCCUUGGAUGGCAAAUUCCUGGGGGUGGGGACUUUGAGCUGGCAAAUCCCCCGGGGUGGGGAAAAAAAAGAGGGAAAAUGAGAAAAAAGAGGGCAAAUGCCCUGUCCUCCGUCAACAGUGCAACAUUUUUUAUUGAUCGCACAGUCCAAUAGUGCCAUUUUAAAGUGCGAUUUUUGGUUUCAAUUAACGUCUUCCUUUGUAAUAGUGCUAGGAUUCUAAUUAAGACUUCACGCCGCGACGACAUGCACCAGUUUAUGGUUUUAGUAUUGAUAUAAAAUUAUUGACAUUAAAAUUAAUAGAGCACUGUAAAGUUAUAUGUUAUGAAUAGUUUUAUGUUUUGUGUUCUUCACAUAAUAUCAACAGAAAUUUGAUUCAAUAACCAAAAAACGUUGAUUCACAUCGAUAGCUCCAAUUUCGCUAUGUAAUUCUGGCUUGAUAAGCAAUGAAGAAAUACAUACAUCCAAGUAAAAUCAAAAACAUGCCUUUACAACCCUCUGCAAUUUAUUCCUGUUCUUGAUAGGAAACCGCGUGCGUGCCAAAGCUCGGGAAUGGCCCGGGGGUUGGCAAAUGCCCGGCCCCCGGGCAGUGCAAAAUUUGCAAAUGCCCCACUCCCUGGACUGACAAGGUGGGCAAAUACCCCGCAGUAGCCCGGGGGCUGGGCACAGGUGGAAUUGACUGAUGCAUAAGUCGCAUGUCAGCUAUGUAGGGCCACCCUGUAACACAGAGUGAUGGAAUGGUGGAAUGACGGAAUGGCAGAAAAUCGCCCAAAUCCUAAAAGAUGGAGUGGAGGAAAAUCACCCCAAAUCCUAGAAGACAGAAUAUUUAGAAAAAUUAUAAAUGUAUAUAUGUAUAAAGUUUGAUAAAAAAUCUGUAAAAAAUAAAUGGCUUUGAAACAGGAAGAUUGAUUGUUAAACAGGUUAAACAUGUCAUUUGUGAGUAAUUCCUGUCCUCUUCCUGUGGAAGGGAGUAAAUAUUGCUUUCUGACACACGUGUCUAGUGAGUGCCUUUUACUUUAACUCUAUUUUUUUUUCAUUUUUUUUUUUUGUUUUUUUUGGUUAAAAAAUCCAACAUUUCCCUUUUUUAAGGUUCAAUAUUUAGGUUCCUGUGUAACUGUGUUCAACUAAACAUAUGUGACAGUCAUGAAGGUAAAUUAUUACCACACAAAAUUGAAGGGGGCUUGUUGACCUCUUAUCUGGUCCCAAGAUCUGGACAAAUGUCUCAAUUGUCACAUAAAUUUGCAUGUUUGAUUGCCGUGUGAUGAUGGACGCCUGUUUCAAGGUACCAUCUCUUGUGACUAUAUUAAGCGAAAACCGCCAUUGCAAUUCGUGAAGUUUGAAUGGCGAGAUGUGAGCGUUGAAUAAGGGCUCGGAAGUGGAAUGUUUUAUUCUGUGUAUCUUGUGAAGUAUGGAAAGGAAGACUGAAAUGUCAUUGUUGUUAUGUAGUUCUUGAGCCAUUUUCCAGUUACUACACCAUCUAUUUCAUAAGCUAGUUUUUAUGUAUCCUAUUAUUAUUUUUUUAAUUCUACAUUGUUUGCAAUUUUUAAUAUUUUUCAAUAUUAAGGGUGACAUUCCAUCUUUUAGUAUUUGAGGCGAUUUUCCGCCGUUCCGUCUUUUCAUGUUCUGGGUAUUCCAUCAUUCCAUCAUUCUGUGUUGUAGAGUCACCCACUAUGUAAGAACACUAAAAAUAAAUUGUUAUUGAAAAGAAUAGGGCUGUUCUAGAUCAACUAUAUACUCCAUUGCAUUUUGAAGCUAUUUAGCAAGUGAAAUUUUUUUCAAAUAAUAUAAGUCCAAACUUAAUCAAGACACAGACUCAACCAGACAGCACAGAAUCAACCCAACAACACAUUCAUUGUUUAAGGGGAUCUUGCUUUGUGCUGAUUGCCCUGUGAGUAAAGGUUUCUCUCUUGCAUGGCUUUUAGCGUUUACGAAGUUGUUCACAUCGCUUGUCAUUUACGAAGUGUAAACAAAUGAUGCAACUACAAACAAGCCACAUGAACCAUGCAAGAGAUUACUUCUGCUUGCAAGGUAAAUACUGAGUGAAUAUUAGUAACAAUUUGGUUGCCAUGGCUACCAAAUACAAAAUAGAAAAAAAGACAUUAUAAUUAGUGUAACACUCAUUUGUCAGGCUUACCUGUGAAUACAGUUAUAUACAUAUUACUAUGCAAAAUAACAUUAUGAAGAUGCUCAAUACAGUACUGCUGAGAGACUCUAGCUUAUAUGAGUUUUUCAUAUUGAUUCUCCAUUAAUUAAUUUCUUGUUUGUGUUUUAACUGCUCAUGCUAUUUCCCUAACAAGAAGGUAAAAUUAUGUAAAACUUCGUCAUAUCUUUACAGGGAUGCAUUACGGGAUGCAUUGCAGGAUGCAUUGCCCUAACAAAUUUGACUAUCCUCCUUACAUUGUUAGACUCUGUAAUCAGUUAUUAUUGUAACAGCACUAAACAAACUAGAACCACAAAGCAGUCACAGUGAGCUGUCUUUUGUUUCUCACACUUUGAAGGUCUUAGCACUUCAUUUCAGCUUCUGUUGCCUCCCACACAGAUGUUAUUAGGGCUUCAUCAUGCACUCUUAGUGGAUUGUGGGAGGCUACGGCUUCUGCUGCCAAUAAUCAAAUGGAUGUAAUUUAGUUCAUUCAGUUUUUAUAGGCGAUUACAGGAUAUAACCGGGAAGUUGCUUCAUUCACUUAAUUGCACAAUCUAAUGAACUUUAGACUGUUUUUACCACUACAAAGAAAUUAUGAGCACAAAGCAACUGCUCAUAACAGAUUUAGGAAAAAGAAUAUUGUAUGAGCAAAGAUAAAAAAGGCUGGACAUGUUGGCACUGGCAGAGCAGACAGCUCAUCGUUUGACUCCUUGUUAUCGUCAACUUUUAUAUCCUUUAACUGGUAGGUUUCUUCCAAAUCAAACACUGUUCAGUUUCCUUGGGAGAGUUUAAUACCAAUGGAAAUUUAUGCUUUCUCAGACAGUGGGAAAAAGUUUUUUUGGAGGUGUGUCAGUCAAGGAGGUGCUCGUUUGCUUCUUACAUCUGCAGUCCUCUCAUUCCAGCCCACGUUAUUUGUGGCUAUGGAGCAUGUGGUAGUUUUGAAAGAAAGAUUGGGAAGAGACAAGAUAGAUCACCAGAGUAGAGAAAAGGCUAAAAAACUAAACGUGAAACCUGAGCAAAUUAUAAUACUUGCACACACAUCCCCCAGCGUGCUGUUUGAUGAUCAUGAUGCAGAGUCUUUUUAGCAAUGUAAUAACGGUUAUUCCAGCAAUGGUCUUGGAAUCUUUCAGCUGAGCACGAAUUAGGCCUUUGAGAUUAGAAUAAGCCAGGUCAACCACACAAGUUCUUUUGCUUUUGUCCAUUUAAUUUCAAAUCCAAAUGAUUUCCUUCACAAUUACUAAAUUCAUUCCUGCCAAUGUGGUUAUAACAGCUAAUUUUUUCCCUUUUUCUCUCUUCAUGUAUGUUUAUAUCAGUUGGAGUUGUAGUGAAAUUACCGGUAGUAAAAUAUGGUAGAAUGAUAUGAUAAGUUGCUUAAUUCUCGAAAUUACUUGAUUGAUUAACCUGACGUAUCUUAAGAGCGAAUGCACAGAAAAAUCGAGCAAACCGUGGCCACAGCUCAAAACCUAACCUACCCUCAUUUUAAGUCUGUAAUAAGGUUUUAAUGAGUUUAUAACACUGCUGAGGUUUAAAUUUCAAAAUGCGGCCGAGUUUGGGAAUUAUUUGAGAUUUUCGAUUUCAACGGUCCGCGGGCCUAAAAUUAGCCGCCGAACACGGCAAUAUAGCCUAGCGACGGAAAUGAGCUGACUUUCAUAAACGAGCGAAUAUAUUGGCAAUCUUCCGCUUAAAUCUCAAAAAACAGAUAUUAACAAUUUCUAAACAGCACAUUUUUUUCAGAUUUAGAGCAUAAAAUAUCGACGAACGAGCACAAUUUUGAAACGUAAUUUGCAUAAUGUUUAUAAAUACAACAAUUUACCGCUAAAACCAAAAUCGAAUUUUCUAUAUGGGGGAAUUCUCCAAAUCACCCCAAAUCCCGCUUACUACCUAAUGAGAUAUAGUACUUCAACAUUAUCUGAAAGUUAGUCUGGUGUUCUCGCGAACGCUUGUAAAAUAGAUUGAUUAUUUUGAGGUUAUUUUGCGCCAAACAACCGCUAAUUGACCCCAGGGUCAGUUGACACGUGCACGUCACCUUAGUUUUAUGCAUCGAUUUGAGCUCGUUAAAAGGGAGAAACUAACAAGAUUUUUUUAAUAUGUACCUGUUUUAAUGAAAUACACGCAAUCUUCAAAAGGAGAGGCAGUUCAGUGGGUAAUGUCUGUUCUUGAGAUCUUGUAGAUUGUACCAUGGCGUCUGCGAGUGGACCUGAGUCUAGGUCUGUUUUCCCGUGACUGCGAAAUCGGAAUAACAUCAUGAAAUAAUUCUCACUCGAACCUUCGUAAAUGAAUCCGCUUUGCAGUGCCUUAUCUGAGAUAAAAAGUGGGCCGAAUAGGAAAACAUUCUAGCGCAAUUUGGAUCCUUUGCAGCACGUAGUGUAUUUGCUAAGCGGCGAUGGUAUCAGUGACUUUUAAUUAGUUACUCACCUCCGAUUGCGUGACCAGGCAAUUAUCGAUUGUCUCCUGCGAAAAAUAAGUGCACCUAAAGCUUUCGGGAUACAGUAAAUUCAUUUUCCUGUAUGACCAGGUGUCCUUUUGUCCUAUUUUAAAAGCGGUUAACUAAGAUGAUUAGCAAACAUACUGUCCCACUUUUAAAAAUGGUACAGUAACUGAAUGUUCUGUUCUUCUGAUUUUACCCCCAACCCCGGAGUGUUUAGAAGAUAUAUUUGCACUACGCAUGAAAGGCAAAUGGAUUAAAUUUUAAGGUUCAAGGCGGUUUUAAGGCGUGGGUUACCAGUGGAUUAGUCAGACUUCUCAUAAGGUGCAUUGAACGGAAAAUUACAGGCAUGAUAUCUCUGCUAUUGUAUAUAUGUCCAUUAAGUGAUUUUCCAGCAAACAUUUUUUUUACUUUUUUACCCCAAAAGUUUUUUUCGUUCAAUUCUUAUCUAUGAGAUCUAAACUUAGUUAGAUUUCUGUAAUUUGUUGUUAAAUGCAAUUCUGCAAACAACUAAGUAUUUAAUUUUGCGUAAAAGCUACAUGAAAUUGUACUGUUUAGCCGUAAAUCAUAAAAAAGAGAAAGCAUAAUGCUUUCUCUUUUCAAGUCUAGUAGGACUUAAGCAAUGGCAUUGCUUAAGUCCUAGUAGUUGUUCUCCAUGUCUGCUAAGGAGGAAAUAGUUUGCUCUUUUCAAGAAAUUGUUCUUGCCCAUUGCGGUUUCAAACCAAGGAUAGCAGCAAGUCUGUCGUGGUCAUAUACUGCUACUUCAGUGCAAACGAAGCAUAGGCGCACAAGUCAGCGCUUGCGUUUAGUCAGGUGCCGAAAAUGAAGUGGAGGGCGUCCAUGUUCGCUCCGGGCUCGAAAAGGUAGAAUCAGUUGUGCAGUAAAAAGUAAUGCGAAAAACCUGCGUGGGCUGGGGAAAGAAAGGCGUCUUAUUUUUCUUUGGCUUGUUCUAUUUUCGCGACGUGGUACAGGCUACGAAAUACUGACAAGCUCAGUAUAUGUCUUCACCACCGAUAGUCACUUGCCCUUAGCCGGACACGCCCCUGACGUAUCAUGUUCGUUCCUAAAGUUAUUUCAAAGGACAGAACCAAACCUAAUCAGCGGCCGAAGGCAGAAAAGGGGAUGAGCAAACGGAUGUCACAGCAUAUUUUGCAAGAAACUGGUAUCCUUGUGCCUAUCGGCUCAGGAACGAUUAAUUACUACUAGAAUUAAUAUCAGGGUCAGAAUUUGAGUGCUACAAUGGGAGGAAAGGAAGAAAGGGAAACCGCUGCGCACACCUGUUAAGUCUUUUGUAAACUUUCUCGUCCUGACAGUUUCAAGGCAUAGAGUGUUUUCACAUGACGUCACGGCGGCCAUAUUGGUGUCCCAAAACAAUGAAACGGCGGGCAUGUUGGUGUCCCAAACCAAUCCUGUAGGAGUUGAACUCCUUUCUUAUGCAAACGCUUUCUUUUGUUCCAAUAAAUUUGCAUAGAUGCUGGCCACGUGAGUGAAAACACUCUAUUUAAUUUACAGUGUCUGUUGCAGGUGUCGAAUUAAUCUUACAGCAACUGGAAACGUGGCCACGCCUGCUGAAACUGAGAUUGCUUGUAGGAUGAACGGCUAUAGUUUGGUAUGUUCACGAGCGCGUUUUGUCCAGUGAACUGAGUGCGUAGUUUUUCUUAACGAAGGGAUGGGGUGGGUCAAGUGAAUAGUUCGGGGAACGUUUGCUCUCUUUAGAGGGCGGGGGGAGGUAUAUUUGUUGAUAUCAGGAGUUCUGGCCUGGAUAGAGUCGUUGUAAAGCUAUUUUUGCUUCGGAGUAUCGGUUUACCGGAAGCUGAGCAAGGAAAAGUCAAAUGCUGCAUUUAUGGAAUAAUAAUAGAGAUUCUCAUGGUCUAACAGUGCGAAGAUUAGACUUCUGGUAAGGUGGCAACGAUCAAGGCCCACAUAAUAAUUCAUAAUAAUUGAAGGUCAUGAUGUAAAAAAAGCGACUGAAAUGGUGGAUGCCAUGCAAUCCUCUCGGGUGGGGGCGGAGUACCUGGCCUUAAAGGUUGCCCCUGCGACAGAAGGCAAGCAUGCCCAGAUUGUCCACGGGUUGCUAAAUGAGACCGUCCCUUUCUUAGUACCCGUUCCCUGUCUUAAAAUUAGACCCGGGCAAAUUUCUCGAGAUUGCACCAUCAUUUUGGGCUUAAAGCUUCCAAAGUCCAACAAUAAUAGCGCAUGUUUGCGACGGUUUUUUAAGUCAGUCAAGUUCUUAAACCAGGCCUUAAACGGCCAGUUUUAAGUGUCGAUAACAGUUAAAAAGGCAUACAAGCCUCGUGCAAAAGAAAGUGGGAAGGAAGUGCACAUCGGUGAUGGGGAAAAAGGAGUAGCCCACAGUUAUUUAGGGGUGGAUCUUUCGAAACAUUCUUAUACUCUUGGACAGAUAUGCAUUGUUUAAAGUUUUAGACAAACCAGGUGUAAAUUUAUAGUAACAAACUGUUAAAUAUACAUCAGCAAGAUUUUUGCGAAUCCUAUUUUUCGCUGGAGACUAUCGUUUACUGGCUGGUCACGCAAUCAAAGGUAACGUACUUUCCUACGUUGGUUUACUCACCUUUGGCUCAGCAAUACACUGCGUUCCACAAAGGAUCCAAAUUGCGCUAGAAUUGUUUUGCUAUUCGGCCCACUUUUUAUCUCAGGUAAGGCACUGCAAAGCUGAUUCACUUACGAAGAUUCCAGGGAGAAUUAUUUCCUGAUGUUAUUCUGAUUUCGCAGUCACGGGAAAACAGACCUAGACGCAGGUCCACUCGCAGACGCCAUGGUACAAUCUACAAGAUCUCAAGAACAGAAAUUACCCAUUGAACGGCCUCUCCUUUUGAAGAUUGCGUGUCUUUCAUUAAAACAGGUACAUAUUAAAAGAAUCUUGUUAGUUUCUCCCUUUUAACGAGCUCAAAUCGAUGCAUAAAACUAAGGUGACGUGCACGUGUCAACUGACCCUGGGGUCAAUUAGCGGUUGUUUGGGGCAAAAUAACCUCAAAAUAAUCAAUCUAUUUUACAAACGUUCGCGAGAACACCAGACUAACUUUCAGAUAAUGUUGAAGUACUAUAACUCAUUAGGUAGUAAGCGGGAUUUGGGGUGAUUUGGAGAAUUCCCCCAUAUAGAAAAUUCGAUUUUGGUUUUAGCGGUAAAUUGUUGUAUUUAUAAACAUUAUGCAAAUUACGUUUCAAAAUUCUGCUGGUUCGUCGAUAUUUUAUGCUCUAAAUCUAAAAAAUGUGCCGUUAAGAAAUUGUUAGAUAUCUGCUUUUUGAGAUUUAAGUGGAAGAUUGCCAAUAUAUUCGCUCGUUUAUGAAAGUCAGCUCAUUUCUGUCGCUAGGCUAUAUUGCCGUGUUCGGCGGCUAAUUUUAGGCCCGCAGACCGUUGAAAUCGAAAAUCUUAAAUAAUUCCCAAACUCGGCCGCAUUUUGAAAUUUAAACCUCAGCAGUGUUAUGAACUCAUUAAAACCUUAUUACAGACUGAAAAUGAGGGUAAGUUAGGUUUUUAGCUGUGGCCACGAUUUGCCGAUUUUGCUCGAUUUUUCUGUGCAUUCGCUCUUAAGAAGAAAUUUGACUCUCAUCAGAUUCACUGUUAAGGUUUACAGAUUUCACCUGUUCAGUUCUAAAGUUACUUAUGCAGUUAAAGUGUUACGUUAUGAAGUGAAAAGAAAUCCUCUGAUAUAAAGAUUCAAAUGAAACCCCUUAGGGUAGGAAUUUUGUGUGACACUAAAAUGGUCUUUUCCUUUUUAGUAAAAUUAAUAUAUCGGAUAUGUUUGAGGUUUCUUUUUAAGGAAAGUGUUGAAAGAGUAAGGUGCAAAUCGCUCAGCUGUUUAUCCAUCAUUCUGUUGAAUGCAGGUGACAAACAAGAGACUUCAAAACUAAAGGCAGGCUCAGUACAAAAUAUUGUAUUUUUUAAAAUUGUUUUCUCAGCUGUCUUGCAUCCCUUUUUCGAGGCAGUCUUAUUUGUUAUUCAUUAAUGGAACAAAAUCUGCUUGUUUUGCAUCCGUGGGAAAGUUUUUCAGCCGCCUUUAUUGUUUACUUGCCUUUGUUUUAGUGGGAAAAGCCUGUAAUUCUUUAAAAAAGAGAGAGAGACAAAAAUGCUUUUGAUUGUCACAACUGUUUUUAUUUAGCUGAAGAAAACAUUGAACUUUAAUUCACGCAUUUUCAAUUCUUUUAAAAGUUUACUUUACGUUGUCAUUCUAACAUAAACAGUAGCAGAACCUGAAAAGUUUUCCUGUGAAAUUAUCACAAAUGUCAUUCAUUCUGCCCUAUGCAGAAAUUUUCCCCUUAUGGAUAAAGGAUGAAGGCCUCGAUGCAAAAAUGUCCUUUUGAUAAUCUGGUAAUUGUGGAAAGAAAUACAAAGUCACACAAUUAUUGCUUUCUCCAUUUGUACAGAAACAUUGUUGCAAACAUUUCCUUCCUUUUUUGUUUCCCUUUACUUCUCUACUAUUUUAUUUGUUUUUUUUGUUUGUUUUUGUUUUUUAUCGGCUAACUAGCAUAUUUUUGCUAGAGGUCUAACCUCAUCAAACCCGACAUUGAAUAAAGCUUCAUUCAUUCAUAUUUAUUCCUUCCGCCAUUUUCCGCAAGUUAUGUAUGCAACACACAGGCAAUGCCGGUCCCGCUCCCCCCCUUCCCAAGGAAGAAAGCAGCCCCCCCACCCCCGCAUCCUCUCACGCAGACAAUGUCGUUUUUUGUGUAUUGAGGUCAAAUUUGAUAAUUUUGGAUAGCGUAUUUUUUAGAAAUAUAAUUUGGCGAGAUGUGCAUGUUAUUCAUCAAACAAAGUGUUUAGCUUGAAUUAGGCUUCACUUCAACAAAAAUCUGCGCGUAUUCUUCAACAUGGGAGGAGGGGUACCUGGCUAGCCUCCAGGUUAGUGCAAAGAAAGGGAUGCACUGAAGUGGAUAUUUAGAAACCACUAACCUCGAUACCCUGAACGACUAACCCACGAUACAAAGUGGUGCUUCCAGAAAAUUUCGUUUCCGAUUUAUAAGCAGUUGAGAAUGUUGUCUGGAAAUUUCAGUUUGAAAAGAGAAUUACUGAAGCAAUUUUUAGGCAACUGUCUAGCUCUGAGCUGCAUGGUAGCCACGGAUAUGACCAAAUAGUGGUUGAGAAGUUUCACUGUUUGGUUAGCCACGUGUACUCUGAAUUCCGUUGUAGUUGAAGCGAUUAUUGGCCUGAUAGAAUGGAAAUGAAAUGUCGUAAUGAAACGUCGUUGUCGUGUCAGUGUUUCGCUAUUUCACAUUAUCCAAUAUCCUAUAGCUGAUCAGGUCGUGUGAACGUUUUCAGUUAUCACAGCAUUAACUGGUAGUUGUUAAUUCGUUUGUUAAGGUAGUUGUUAAUUUACAAGAGGAGGUCGCACAUGGAGGUUCCAAAGAAUUAGACUUAAUUCAUGCUCUACAUUUGGUGCUAGUGUAAGACACUAAUAAUGACAUUACUGCCCUUGUGUUUUCCUCGCAGAUGCAAGCUCUAUUCUACCACAAUCAAAGCAAAUCACAGGCAUUCCACGGUAAUCUGGACACCAAAUCUGUCCGCAAAGCCAUCACUCUACACCCUGUCAAACAGCCGUCAUACAUGUACCGUCUACAGUCACACUUCAUGACCAUGCGCAUUCAAGACCUUCAGCACCAGGCUAUCCUGCUGCAAAGAGUUCUCAAGAACAUGGAUCGCUUGCUAAGGACUAGCGCGCGCUUUCUUUCUACUCAAGAGAAAACUACCCUUCAAAGCGCGAAAGAUUUCUAUCAGCAGCUGAGCACCAAGUAUUCUGAAUCCUGGGACAUGUUUACUGCGCAGAAGUACUACUCGGAAGCCACGCUUCAGCCACCUGAAACAGGCAUGCGAGACCCGUGGAAAGACGGGCUAAAUCACGUGCUAGGGCAAACGAUGGGGCUGAUAAAUGAGGAAGCCAAGCGAGUUCUUCAUCGCAGCCUCGAAUUCAAGAAACUCAACCAUGGUUACAUGCGCGUGCAUCCCUUAUUUGGCGCUCAGUACGUCAUGGACAUGCUUAUGAAGUAUCACCGGCACAUUGGACACAACAGAAGACGCAUGACUGUGCACGUGCGUCAUCACGCCUUUUUACAGCUACCUUUUGGAAACAUGGUGUACCGAGCUGAGCCGACGGUAAAAGCGGUCCCAACCGUUCAUUUUAUCCUUCCGUUGACAGGCCGCAUCGAGACAUUUCGGCGCUUUAUGAAGAAUUAUGAAGACGUUUGUCUCAAACGACGCGAAAGUGUCAAACUUCUCGUGGUAUACUUUCCAUCGGUGUCCCCUCCUCAUGAACAUAAGAAAAUUAUGAAAGACUAUCAAACUAGGUACCCCAGGGCAGAUAUGCUGUGGUUAGAAGCCAUUGGGGACUUUUCCCGUGGCUUGGCCCUCUCUUUGGGUGCAAACCAAUUCGACAGGACAGCCUUGCUGUUCUUUUGCGACGUUGAUUUGGUAUUUAGUGCGGAAUUCCUUUACCGUGCCCGUAUGAACACUGCUCUCGGUCAGCAAGUUUAUUACCCGAUGGUGUUCAGUCAAUUCGAUUCUGACAUUACAUACCCCAACCAUACAGCACCUCAGACUCACUUUAUAGUAGACAUGGAUACAGGAUUCUGGAGGGCUUACGCUUUCGGCAUCGUUGCCGCUUACAAUCACGACCUUCGUGCCGUUGGAGGGUUUGAUACAACGAUUCAAGGCUGGGGGCUGGAAGAUGUGGACCUGUACGAGAAGUUUGUCAAACACGAAGAGAUUCGAGUCUUCCGUGCAGCCGAUCCUGGCCUCGUUCAUGUUUACCAUCCUGUAAUCUGUGAUCCUAAGCUUGUCGAUCGGCAAUAUGCCAUGUGCCAGGGAUCGAAAGCUUCGGGUUAUGGCUCACAGAAGUCUUUAGUUAGAGAUAUGUUGUGUAAAGGGCAUUUAAAAGGGUUCUAGCUUGAUUGUCUAUACCCUUAUUUAAUAGUUGUAGUUUUUAAGACGGAUAAUAUUAGGUCAAAUACUGUUAUGAUGGUCAAAUUCUUGAGACGCUUCAAGUAUUAUAUUAGUGUUAAAAUUGUUAAAAUUGAUUGUCUCUACCCGUAUUUAAUAGUUUCAGUUUUUAAGAUGGAUGAUUUUAGGUCAAAUACUGUUAUGAUGAUUAAAUUCUUGAGACGCUUCAAGUAUUAUAUUAGUGUUAAGAUGUAUUUUUAAAUGCCUUUACGCAGAAUUUGCUUUUGUACAUCAGAACUAGUUUAGACCAACAAUUGUUAUGCUUGAUUCUGCGGAGCUUUUUUAAAAAUUCACAAACUAAAUUUCUAGUUUUUAUUAAACGACAGACGAAGGUGAAAAUCCCCCCCCCCCUGCGCCCCGGGGGGGGGAGACUCCAAUAUAACAGUGACAGGGAUGCUCAUCGUCUCGCUUUGGGUUGUAAAUUGCACACUUUGGGUUUUUGGGAUGGAAUGUUACUGUUUUUGCCCAUUUAAGUGUUGCUUGGUUUUGUACAUAAGGAAAUUUACAAAAAAUGCCCUGACACUGACUACAUAGAAAUCUCCCUUUUUAGCAUCAGCCUCACCCACAUUGGUCUCCCUUAGGGGCUUACUUUGAAUUUUCCAACGAGCAUCCCCCUCACUUUUAUAUGGGAGUUCCCCCCGGGAUUCCGCGUGCCCCGGAGUGCUCUAAGUCCUUUGAGCAACGUCUGCAGUUUUAGAUUAACAAUUUAGAAUACGUACUUAUGACAUGAGAGUCUGCUACACAGCCGUCACUAAAAACGGCUGUUUAGCAGACUGGUUACUAUUUAUUGCUUGUUAGAGGUAUAAAAUGUCUAGAUUACUAUGGUGAGAAAAUGGUCUCUUUUUAAAGGAAAUAUUUAUGAAAUAGUUUUACUGUGCCCUUUUAUCCACCUUAGGCUAACGCAAAUGUGUUCAUUUUGUAAUUAACGGUCAAACUAUGAAGGUCAAGGCUGUAGAAAAUGUACCAAAUGGUUGAAUUCCAGUAUGAAAAUUUUAUCCGUUAGAGUGAGCAACGCUUUACUCCUGAGAGUCUAGAUCCCUUGUUUUGAAGGAGAUCGAGAUUGUUGUAGAGGCUGAUAUUUGAUUGUAGCUUAUUAGUAGCUCACUGUUCUAAAGUAAGCUGGUUAUACCACAGGUAGCCCAAGCUCGAAAUUAUAAGCAUCGGCGAACAUCGACAUUGUUGCAUAACAUUCGAAAUGUAAGGAUUUGUAUGCAAAAAAAACCUAGGAAAAUGAAAGGAUUUCAGUAAAAAACAGC